AUGCAAGCGGCCAACAACAACACCGACCCGCCGUCCUCCAACCUCUUCACCGACGAGCAAUGGGCCUCGGAGCACCAGCGCGCCGCGAUCCGCCAAAUCCUCCGCGCCAACUGGGUCGGCCCGGAGCGCGCGCAGCAAGCCUCGCUCAACGAAUUCCGCCACUGGACGCCCGCCCAAGUGUCGGCGCUCUUCGCGGCGCCGCACUUUCCCCCCCUCGCCGAGCGUAAGCUCUACCCGCUCGGGCCGGAGUCGCGGUAUCCACCGCACGGCGCGCGUCGCUGGGGCGAGCUGGCCGCCUCGAUGGCGGCCGUGGGCGUCGCCGACGUCGCGCUCGCCGCGACGAGGCACCUGUACAGGGCGCUGCCGGCGAAGUACCAGAGCCAGUGGGACGCGGCGAUCGAGGAGAGCGGGAUCCCGGGGGGCGGCAGCAUGAGAGAGCAGAUGGACCACGCGGGGCGGGCGAUGCGGCGCAUCCGCGGCGAGGUGGUGGGGUCGGCGACGUUUGUGGCCGCGCCGCUGGAGCUGAUCGAGCUCGCGGCGGACCAGCGGCGCGCGCUGUGCGUCAACCGCGCCGGCGAGUUUCGCGUGCUGGAGGGUGGGUAUGCGGCCGUGUCGCACGUGUGGGGCGAGACGAUGGGGCUGGAGUACCACGACGAGAAGAUAGAGCAGGACGAGCGCGGGAUGCUGCGCCGGCACUUCGACAAGCUGAUGGAGGCGGCGCUGCGGUGCGGCUACGACUGGAUCUGGCUGGACCUGCUCGCCAUCCCCAAGAAGUCGUCGUCGUCGUCGCCGUCGUCGGCACCGGGAAGUUCUACUACUACCACCGACGGCGGCCAUCGCACCGGCCUCAAAACCCGCAUCAUCAACACCCUCGACGCCAUCUACCGCAACGCCGCCGCCGUCCUCGUCCUCGACGCCCUCCCCCUCUCCUACACCGGCGCCGACCCCUCCACCGUCGCCGCCCUCCUCGUCUGCGGCACCUGGCUCACCCGCGUGUGGACCUACCAAGAAGCCAAGCUCGCCCGCCUCGCCCUCGUCGCCACCGCCACCUCCCCCGUCUCCCUCCCCUCCAUCCUCUCCGCCCUCUCCGCCCUCGCCUCCUCCCAACCCUCCCAACCCUCCCCCCACCAAAACCGCUACACCGAACUCCACAAAACCUUCUCCCGCCUGCAGUCCGUCUACACCCCCACCAGUGGUCCCCAUCACCGCCCCCGCCCCUUGGGCAUCAACCUCGCCGACAUCGCCCUCUCCUGCACCAACCGCCGCACCUCCAACAGCAAGGACUACGCCCGCGCCUUCUUCGCCCUCCUCGCCCUCCGCUGGGACCCCGCCUGGCGCUCCCUCGACGACGGCAUCGCCCACGUCUACGAGCGCCGCCCGCGCGAAGCCGCCAUGCUGGCCGCCAUGCACGGGCCGCGCGGGAUGCGGGCGCCGUGGAGCUGGGCGCCCAGGGGGUGGGCGGGGUUGCAGGGGGUUGUGUUGGGGGCGGAGGGGUUUGUUGUCGGUGGUGGUGGGGAUGGGGAUGGUGGUGCAGGGUUGAGGGGGUGGUGGGGGGAGGUGGAGGUGGUGGCGUUUGGAAGGUGGAGGCGGUGGUGUGCGAGGGCGGAGGGGGAUGGUGAUGGGUCAGGCGAGAAGGUGGCGAUGGCGCUGAGGGUGCGGGACGCCGCUGGGAGGGAGGUCGACGUGCAUGUCGUGCUGGGGGGGGAGGAGCGCUCGCCGGCCGAGCGGAGGUGGGCCGAUGUCCACGUUCCGGCGGGCAGGGCUGUCAUGUUGGCCGCGGGCGAGAUGAAAGUGUCUCCCGAUUGCGUGUUUCCGACUGUGUUGUUGGCGGUGAGGGAUGCCGGCGGCGCGGGGUUGGGGACGGAUGAUCAGUUGAGGGUCGGGCAUGUCGAGUGUAGUGCGGUGCUGGUGGAUGCGGGGGGCACCGGGUUGGAUGCUGCGCUUGGGCAAUGGCUUUUGAGAUAG